AAUGAAUGCCAAUUGUCGAGGCUCAUCUAAUCUCAUCUAAUCUGAUUUCGCCGGUAUGAAAUCGGGUCGCUAUGGCGGCCGGGGCAGGGCAUCCUAUUGCCGUCGCUUCAGCGCGCUUCCUCCGCUGCAUGGGCACUCCUGUCACGCUCAUUCCUGGAAGACCUUUCUUAGAGCGACUUGAGCGCACCCGUGUGGGCUGCCCUAUGGAACUGUCUGCUGUCUACGGCCACUUUUUGGUUCCCCUCCGCCACCACAUCUUUAGGGACGUCGCGACCGCGCUGUUCGUCGUCAAGUUUCCCGGCGUGCGUGGUCACCCGCUAGUGACCGAGCCAUCUCGGGGACAAUAAGAUCAAAACCGACACGCGAGGCGAGGGCUACGGCCGCCGGACCGUGCAUGAGGUGUAUAUAAGACGUGCAGAUCCGCGGCGUUUCUCCAGUCUUCGCGUCCUCCACAUUCUUUCCCUAAUUCGCCACUUUCUUUUUCUCGCGCCAGUCGCCUUUUGAUAAAGCCUUUUCAACCCCUAGCCAACGCACCUCACCCGAUCUCAAAGAUGUUCGCUAGCCGCUUUAUCGUUUUCUUCCUCUCGUUCGUUCUCACCUCGGUCCUCGCGGCCCCCAUCAACUCGCGCGCGGCCGUCAAGCUCAACGUCGCGAACUGCACGGCGCGCAACGUCAAGCUCAACACGCACGACUGCGACGUCGCGCUCCUCGGUCUCGGAGGCGGAAUCGCCGGAAAGAUCCAGUUCCUGCGCGUGAACGCCGCGUCGACCACCGCCGUCAGCGGAACCUGCCGUGUCACCGCCACGGCCGUCAACGGCGGUACCACGAUCGACAUCAGCAAGGGCCGUCUUGAGGGCCACGGCUCCAGCAACGGUGGCUUCGACAACCUGCGCGAUGCCUGCGGAACGACCCCCGGCUCGAUGAUCAUCGGUGGUGGAUCCAACAACGGUGGGGACAUCGAGAUUGCCAUCUCCAAGGCGUAAUUGUUGGAUGGAAGGUGUCGUACCCGUGCUGUGCAGCACCAGAUUAGCCGCACGGACCACUCGCUUUCCCGUACAUGUCGCCGUUCCGUUUGUGGAAUUUAUCCUGUGAAGCCGAAGUCAGAAUGCUAGCGAGGGUCUGUUCGAGAGUGAACGACAUUCCAUAAGGUCUGGCCCGGGCACAUCCUGAUGUGGCCCCAAGUCACGGCCCACAAACGAAACCGGGCCAGUUCGGAGAUAGCCGUGAUUGGCCAUCUCCUUCACCGAUAA